AUGGCUGAACUGCAAACGCCACUCAAGAGUAUCUUGAACUUUCGCGAUGUCAGCCAGUUUGUCAAUGAAACAACAGGAACUAGCCGUCUAAAGAACGGCUUACUGUUCCGAAGUGCACGACCUGAUGAGGCCUCUUUCCAAGACAGGCAGAGAUUGCUGAAAGAAUAUGGCGUGAAGAGCAUCAUCGAUCUACGAACGAAAACAGAGCAUAUCGAACAGGCGCAAAAGCACGAUGCAAGAAUCAAAGCGUCAGCAGCAGUCCCUCAAACCAACGACGACGCAGCGGAGCCCCUCAAGAUACCCGGCAUAAUCUACCACGAAAUCAAUUUCAAUGGCUCGGCCUUCUCGCGCAUGUUGCUUUCGAAACUCACAUGGCUUGAGUUCUUCAGGCUCGCAGGCCUCAUGAUUGUCGGCUACCGCAAGGAUGCGAUCAAAAUCUUAGCUCCUCACAUGGAAGACAUGGGUCUUGUCGGACUGGCCGAGCAGUCGCUGGACGUGUGCACGCGCGAAGUCACACAGGUCUUUGAUGUAUUAGGAGAAGAGAAGAACUGGCCAGUUUUGGUCCACUGCACGCAGGGCAAGGACCGAACCGGGCUCAUAGUCAUGCUGGUCCUGUUGCUCCUCGGUGUGGAUCAAACCACUAUCGACGAAGACUAUCGCCUAUCCGAGCCAGAACUCGAGCCAGAGAGGGAGGGAAGGCUGAAAGAGAUGGCAUCAAUUGGUCUGACCGAGCAGUUUGCGAUAUGUCCCCCGGACUUGGUAAGCCAUGUAAACUCGUAUAUGGUCGAGAAGUACGGCAGCGUGGAGAAGUACCUGGAGAAAGCCGGUGUGGCCAAGGAGAAGGUGGACUUUGUUAGGGGGAAGCUACUAGCGGACGCGUCGAGGUCCUGA